GCUAAGCGAAGGAAAUUUGAAAUGCGGUGCGGUACAUUGGUUAGUUAACGUUUUAAAAACAACCCGCUAGCGUUAAGCAGUAUUUUUCAGUUUCGGGCAUUAACUGUAAAAUUAAUGAUAAUUCCGUGUUACGAAGAAGGAGGGGGUCGUCAGUAUAUACAUAAUGGACAUUCGCACAUCCUUACAGAAAUUUGAGGCGAGUUUGAGUAACUACACUGGGGAUGAUCCUCUUGACCUGUGGGAGAGGUAUGUCGGGUUCCUAGAGAAGCAGCUUUUGGAGAAGGAAAGUAAUGAUAUUUUUUUAGUGCUGGAUCGGCUGGUUCAGAUAUUUCUUCCCCAAAAGCAAUACCACAAUGACAUUAGAUACAUCAACCUCUGCAUAAAAUGUGCAAGCUAUUACAGUGAGCCCAUUGACCUAUACAGCUACAUACACAGUGAAGGUGUCGGCAUAAGAUCGGCUGCCCUGUAUAUCGCUUGGGCGCAGCAGUUUGAAAGACAGAGCCGGGUUCCACAGGCUGAUGUUGUGUACCAAAGGGCCAUAGAGAAUCAGGCGUUGCCAACUGAGGAGGUCAUGCGGCAAUACCAGCUCUUCCAAUCCAGGGUGUCUCAGACUCAGGGCGGAGCUACAGGUGGUGUGCGGAAUCCUCUUCAGAAUUCACAGCUGACUAAUCAAAUGGAGCGGCAGAGGGAGGCCCCACAGUCCAAGAAUUCUGAAGAUGUGGCCCAGUUUCCAGAAGACCGAACAGUUUGCAUAAUCUCCAGGUCGGAAUAUGCAACGACAAGUCGCCCUGGCCAGGCGUCCACGCAGAGCCUGCCUUGUGUGUCCAUGUACUGCGUGAGCGAUCUGGUGUCUGAGGGCUCCGAGCUGUGCUUCGAGGAGCUCAGGGCCCAGCGCUACUUCGAUAAAUGCCAACAGAAGAAGCAGCUGAGAGAGAUGGAGGAGAAGCAAAGGCGAGUUCAGGAGGAAGAGGAAGAGGUGAAGCAGCUCAAGAAAUGCCUAACAGAGCUGGAGAACCACCUAGCUACAUAUGAAGCGGGCAACCUGCACCCUCCUCUGGAAUCACAUACCCUGGCAGAGUGCCCGCUCCCUGCUACCCUCCAGAAGACCAUGGUGCACCCCCACUUACUCAAUGAGAGUGUAAAUGGCAGCGUGGCAUUCGGAGCCAGUCUUGAGCCACACGCAGCACCCCAGCUGCAGUGCACUCAAUCCUGCGAUCCCUUCCCUGUGACCACUCCUGCUGAGUAUUCCAGUUAUAGCUGUAUCCAGUCUAUGCCGAUGUGCUCUAUGGAGGAGGAUGUGGCCCGCUCUGCAGCCAGUCCUGCUCCUGAGAGUUCCUUCCAGCUGCCACCAAAGGAAACCGAGGAGAGUGUCUCAAAAACUCUGCCCCUCUUCCCAUCUCAAGCUCCUAUGGCUUUACCAUUGCUAGACAGGAUGUCCAACCGAAAUCUGGGCUUACGUGCUCCAGUUGGCAGGCCAUAUAACCAAGACGUGGGCUCGGGCCUGACUGACUCUGUCAGCCAACCUCCUAGCACAUGUUCCCAGGACAGCAGGAGAGAGCUAGAUUUUUCACAGAAUGACGACCCGGGAAUGGUUAACAGCUGUGAGCUGUCACAUGGGGGGACUAGGAACGACUCCUGUGUAACUCCCAACACAUGCUUCGGACCAGUCCAGUCCACGCCAUCCAGAGUACAACCAUCCCCCACCGUCAACACCCGUGAGGCCCUGGGUGUGAUCAUGGACAUGUUCCAAGCCCCGACCUUCGUCCAGGAUGGCCCCUUCAAUGGUACAUGUCGAGAUGCACUGCAGGACAGCUUUAGAGUGAUAAAUGCCGCAGCACUGAGAAAAAAUCCUGUUGCUGUCCCGUUUGCCAUAUUCCAGGAUGAAAAUGACAAGAAUGAGAAUGAGGGGAUACCCUUUGGGGCAGAGAAAGCUCAACAAGCACGAGUGCUGGUGGAGAUACCUGUAUCUAAAGUGGUGAAACAAAAUGAUGUUCCUUUCGGUGUGGAGUCCAUGACAGAUGAUAGCACGGUGUGGGGUCCACGUUACAACAACACCCUGGCUGCCUGUCCCAACACCACUGGGGAUUUUGCCCUUCUUGCUCCUCUGGUUUCUACCCCUUUCCAUCCAGUUAGUUCUCACUCCUGCAGCUCAGUUACAGAUGAGGAAAAUGGCCACCAUACAGUCUUCUUUGGCUCUGAAGAAAAGACCUCUCAGCGUCUGUCCAACAAACUCAGUCCUAUUCUGGAGGAGAGUCCCCCUGAGGAAAAGGACCCACUGUCAUUGGUUGGGUCCUGCAGCGCCCAGGGCACCAUCCUCGUUGUGCAGCACACCUUGGCAUCUUGCUCUCUUGCUGAGCCACUGCCUGCUGCGCUGUCCUUCCCAGAGCAGACUUUUGGCUCCGACCAUGCUACUUCGUCAGCAAUCGCCAUGCAUGGAUCUCAGGGAGAUUGGGAUGUCUGCAUAAGUCCAGGCCUGGUUUCUGUCCCUGAGCCUCACUGGUUUCUCUCCAGAAAUCCAGGGUGCACACUCAUGUCAGGCAUGGUAAAUCCUACAAGUCCCAGAGAAGCCCCCGUGUCCAAUUGGGACUUACCCAAAAAGACACAGGCUGCCCCCAUCUCCAGUUUGGUUCUGCCCAAGAAUUCAGAUUACAGCUCUGUGUCAGAUGUCCUCCCCAAGCCAGACUGGCUUUUCACCAAUAGCUCAGAACGUUCCCCAAGGUCCAAGACUUUUCUGCCAAUGACCCCAGAGCAUGCUUCCAUGUCCAACUGUACUUUUCCCAAGACCUCAGAACAUGUCAUGUCAGACUGGGUUCUUCCUAAGAUCCCAGAACUAAUAACAAAGUCACAGUUGGAAGUGCCAAUGAGCCCAGAGCCAACACCUUUGUCAAACCAAGAUGUACCGAUGAGCCCAGAACCAAUGCCUUUGCCAUACCAAGAUGUACCGAUGAGCCCGGAACCAUAUAACCAUAAAGCCACACAGCUGGUGUCUGAUCCCUGGGAUGAAGUCCUCAUUUCUGGGCUGCUCUCUGCAUUACCUACUCCGCUCAGCUCCUUCCCCAACUUCACCAGCUGGGACUGCAAUGCCCCUACCAUCUCGCCAAAGAUCACUGUUACAUUAGGUGAAGAAUCUUUUCAGGUGGAUUGCGUCCUUGGAGAGGGAGCCUUUGCUACAGUGUACCAAGCCAGAGAUCUUGCCAGCUCUAAGAAACUUGUUUUAAAGGUUCAGAAACCUGCCAAUCCCUGGGAGUUCUACAUCAACAGUCAGCUAGACUGCCGCCUCCCAUCCAGCGUGCGCCAUCUUUUCAGCAGUCUGUACUCUGCCCACAUGUUUCACAAUGGCAGUGUGCUGCUGGGCCAGCUCCACAACUGUGGCACACUAUUGAAUGCUGUGAACCUGUACAGGAACACAAGCGACAAAGUGAUGCCCCAGCCACUUGCCUUGUACUUUGCAGUCUGUAUUAUUCAGAUUGUGGAACACCUCCACAGCGUCCAUCUCAUCCAUGCAGACAUCAAGCCUGACAAUUUCCUCCUGAGCGAGAGGUUCCUUGAUAACGAGUGUUUUGAACCUGACCAUUUGGAUCAUGGAUUGGUAUUGAUUGACCUUGGGCAAAGUAUUGACAUGACAAUCUUCCCAGAAGGCACUGCUUUCACUGCAAAGUGCAUGACCUCGGGCUUCCAGUGUACUGAGAUGUUGAGUGGAAGACCUUGGAAUUACCAGACGGACUACUUUGGAAUUGCUGGCACUGUUCACUGCUUGAUUUUUGGAACUUACAUGAAUGUGAAGAACAAAAAUGGAGUGUGGAUGACAAAUGGGAAUUUUAAGAGGAACCCACACAGCGAGCUUUGGAUGAGAUUUUUCCACGACUUGCUGAACGUGCCCAAUUGCAGCUCACAGCUCUGUCUGCGCAGCUGGCGAAGCCAACUAGGUGCCGAGCUGCAGAGCCACUAUGGCAGCAAACUGCGUAUGCUCAAGAAGCGGCUCGUGGGCCAGCUCCUCGAAUGCAAGCGCAGUCGCAGAUAAUGUCCUGGCCUGUUUGGAAUGCGGGUCCCCCAAGUGUGCACGCCCUGUAAACAAAUAGCAGUGUAAUGCUUUGUAAAGUCCUUUGAUUGCCUUGCAGUAUUUAGAAAUGGUUUUUUAACUGGUUGGCUCAAAUAUGUAACAGACUGGCAGAAAAGUAUAGUACUGUAUUUUAUACACCAUGUUUAAUACCUUGUUUCUAAAGGCUUUUAUCACAUUUUUUGUCAAAUAAAGCUAUACAAGAGAUAAA